AUGUUGAUCAAACCAUUGGGUGAAUAUAAACCUCCUCGUCAUGCUUUAGAUGAAGAAGAUGAUUCUGUACAACCAUUACCCAAACCAUCCAUUGUCAUUGAUUUGAACGAUGAUAUCAAAUCAAUAGAUUAUAUAAUAAUAGCUCCUUCUACGCUUUCAAGUUUACCUGAUUCGUUUGGUUCUGAGAAGUCGGUGGGAUCAAUUGCCAUCAAAUAUGAUCUUGCUGAUCUUGUGCCACCAAAAGCCAGUGAUGAUGAAGUUGUUGAUGAUGAUGAAGAUUAUAAUAUCAUUGAACAGUUGUACUCGGCGAAUAAGAUCAAUAAAUUUGAAACCAGCUCCCUUGAUCCUAUUGAUAUCAAAUUCCAUCAAGUUGAAAAUCAUUCUAUUAUAAGUAUAGUUAUACCUCGUUAUAGUAAUAUCAUUACCUUUAACUUAUUAGGUAAAGCCAUUGUGGAGAAGUUAGCUCUUAUUGUUAAACAUGAUUGGAUUUUAUUAACUCCAUGCAGUUUAAACAAUGGUAGUACUAUAAGUAAACUUGAGUUAAGUUCAAAGAAAGAAGAGAAAGAUGACGCUCAUAAAUUAAUCCUUGAUUCGAUUCCAAAUUUGAAACCUCCCCAUUUCAUUACUGGUAUCGCUGCUUCAGUAUUAUCACAAUUGAAUAUAUUAGAAACUAAAUCAGUAUUGACUUUGGUAGUUGAUCUGGAAGGUCAUUCUGGAUUUGAAAAAUCAAAUAGUGAUGCCGUCGUUGAUGCAGCAUUUGUGGUUGGAUCAAUAUUAUUAUCAAGUCCUGAUGAUUAUAUGUUAAAUGUUAGUAAAAAAGUAAGAAAAUUAAAUGGAUUUUCUAAUUCUGGUAUGUAUAUAUAG